AUGACUACAGCACAUAGGCCUACGUGGUAUAAUGCUAUAGGUGGAGAAAAUCAAGGUGGUAAUCGAAAAGUUAGUCAGACUGUUAAAGUUUGCAGUAGAGAUUUGCCUAGUCAUACUAAAAUGAAAAUGAGAGAUUUAAGUGAUUAUGUAGAAGAUAAAACUUUGAUUAAAAAUAAUUUAAUUAAAUUAGAAAAUAACAAUAAUAACGAUACCAAGACUAAUAAAUUAUUAGCUAUUGAAAAUAUAAAAAAAUUUACAAAUCAAGAUUAUACAAAUCCUUUUCCUGAAGAUGAAGAUGAUGAGAUUAAUGAUUUUAAAUCAACUAAAAAAAAAAAAAAAAAAAAAAAUUUAAAAAUAAGAAAUUUAGACUACAGUGAUACUAAUAAAGAGGAACAUACAUAUAAUGAAAAAGAUGAAGAUGAUGAAGACGAAGACGAAGAUGAAGAUGAAGAUGAUGAUGACGAAGAUGAUGAUGAUGAUGAUGAUGAUGAAGAUGAUGACGAAGAAAAAGAGUUACUGAGAGAACUAGAAAAUUUAAAGAGAGAAAAAUUAGAGAAAUUAAAAAAAGAAAAAGAAGAACAAGAAAUAAUGAAAAAUAGAAAGAAUAAUGUACUAACAAAUAAUCCUUUAAUUAAUUUAGAAGAUAGUAGUGACAAUGAAGAUUCAGAACAAAAUAUAAAAAAAAGAAAAUGGACUGAUGAAGCUAUAUUUAGAAAUACUUGCAAAAAAAAAGAAAAAACAAUUUCUUUUAUCAAUGAUACUGUUCGUAGUGCUUUUCAUAAAAAAUUUUUAUUUAAAUAUAUCCACUAA